CAAGCUUCCUCUGCCGACCGAGGUGCCCACACGCCGGCGACUGACAUUCCUCUCACUCAUGCGCAUCCUCUAGCAAAGCAUCAAUAAUGGCGAACUUUCUCCCGGCGACGCCGCGCACCGACGCGGGCGACGCGACGCGCCUCACCCAGCAUGACCUCUCGUUCAGCAGGGAGGAGUCAUUCCAGGCACCUGCUGGCCGCGACGAGCUCUUCAAGAAGAUGAGCGGCGCGCGCACACCCCGCAACCCGCUUGCCGCCCUGCGCAACCCCAAUGCAAGGAACGAAUUCACGCCCAUGCUGAAGAGCGCAACCGCCAACCGCACGCGCCAGGUCUCCGGCCUGCUCAACGGCAAGAUGACCACCCCCGCCGCCUUGAAGAAUGGCUUCCGAAUGAGCGACUCCCCGCUGCCCGAAGCCAGCGCGCUCGACGUCCAGUCCAGCUCCUUCGACCACUCCAUCGACGGCCGCACACAGCUGCCGGACCCUAGCUCGAGCGCGAUGAGCACGCCCAUGGCCCUGCCACGGCGUGGCGAGGGUGAGCUCGACCUGGGCAACGGAAACGGCAACGUCCUCACCCUACGCGAACAGGAAGCGCGUCUCGAGCAGAUUGACAAGGAGAACUUCGGCCUGAAGCUGAAGAUUCAUUUUCUGGAGGAGAACCUUAAGAAGAUGGGGCCAGAGUUCAACGUCAGGACGAUGGAAGAAAACGUCAACCUCAAGUCGGAGAAGGUCACCAUGUCGCGCGACAUCAAGCAAUACUCGAAGGAUCUCAAGGCAGCAGAGAAAGAGCUCGAGGGCUACAAACAGCAGCUGCGCGAUUACGCUGAGAAGGUUAAGAAGCGACACGCCGACGCCGGCAUGCGCGAAGAGAUGGACGAGCUGCGCCGCCUGGCCGAUGAGCGCAGUGCAGAGAUCGAGAGCCUGGAGGAGAGGCUGGAAGAGGCGCGCAGUGCAGAAGACGAGCUCGAGAAGGUCAGCGCCGAACUGGAGAGCGCUCAGGCUGAGAUGUCGCGACGGGACCAGCUCCUCGACGAACACGAGGACCAAAUCGAGGAGCUGGAGAACAAGCUGAAGAACGCGCAAGGCUUGUCGUCUGCUGACGUCGAGAAGAAGGACCGACAGCUGAGGGAACAGGCCGACCACAUAGCAGAGCUCGAGCAAAGCGAGCGCGAGCUGCGCCAACAAGCAGAACGCGUGAGCGAGCUGGAGCAGGAGAACCGCCGACUUUCCGAGCAGGUCGAGAAGAUCGCUGCAUUGGAGGAGCAGAACCGUCGGCUGCAGAAGGAGGCGGAUCGGGUCAUUGAGCUUGAAGCACAACUUCACGCGGCUUCGCAGACAAAAGACAGAGACACAGUCGACCUGCAGCGACAGCUGCAGACCCAGAUCGAGCGGAUCGAGGAACAAAACGAGAAAAUUGAAGACCUAGAGGACCAGCUGCGGUCGCUCGAGCGAACGAAGGAAGCAGAGAUUGAGAAGCUGCAGGAUAGGCUCGAUGCUUCUGCGAAUGGCAACGACCAGGAGAUCCGCGAGCUUGAGCAGCAACUUGACGAGGCGGAGCGCGAGCUCGAGGCAGCGGAAACACAGAAGCACCACGAACUCGCACUCGCUGAAGAACGCUUGCGAUCGCUCGAACGAGAGAAGGAUGCCGACAUCAAAGAGCUACAGCGACGCAUGCAUACGAUCCAGAACGAAAAGGAUGCCGAGCUCGAUGCUCUGCAGGAGCGCGUGCAGCUUGCCGAGUCCAAGGGGGACAACCAGGUCCAACUUGCACGACAGUCUGCGCAUGAUGCUCAGCAGAAGGUGGUUGAUGUUGCACGAGAGAAGGGCGUCGAGAUCGAGCUUCUCCAAUCGAGGGUUGAUGCUGCCGAGUCUAGAGCUGACGAGCUUGAAGACUACCGCAGACAAUUCCAGGACUCGAUGCAGCAAGUCGCCCGUCUUCAGCGCGACGCUUCUGAGUACGAGCAACAACUACAACAACUGCGACAGACUGCCACACGGAAAGACCGUGAUCUUGGGGAGCACGAUACUCUCUCGCGAGAGGUGUCAGAUCUACGACGAGAGCGAGACAGCUUGACAUCAAGGAUGGCCGACAAGGAUGCGCAGGUCGACAGACUCAACAGAGGAAACGACGAUCGUGAUGCUCUAGUCGCCACCCUACGCCAGGAGCGCGAUAACAUCGAGCGCGAGAUGCGGGCCUUGCGCUCGACUAUGUCCAGCAAUGAUACACAGAUCGAGGCUCUGCAGAAGAUCACGCGAGAGAGAGAUGCUCUUUCCCGCGAUCUAUCAAGCCUCCAAUCAGCGAUGCAGUCUCGGGAGCGAGAUGUUGCUACGUUGCAGAAGAAGAUCGAUGCGCAAGAGGGAGCACUCGACGAGCUUAGGCGGCUUAGGAGUGACCUUGGCGACCGAACGCGAGAGCUGGAAAUGGUUCGCAAGACAGUCUCCGAGCGAGAUGCUGAGCUGGACGCCAUGCGGAACCACGCCGACGAGCCCGAGACCCAGAUUGAUGUCAUGCAAGAUCUUGUUCGCAAGCGCGAUGAUGAUCUUGAGGCUCUGCGCGAGGAGAUCAAUGCCCAGAGGGGCCAAGUCGAGUCCAUUCAGCAGCUAGCUGAAGAGCGACUUGAAGCUCUCCAAGAGCUGAGAGAAAUGGCAUCCCGACAAAAGCAGGAGUAUGAGGACGAGCUUGAGGUCCUUCAGGAAGAUGCUGAUGAGGUUCUGGAGGAGAAGGCUUCACUUGAGGAGAAGAUCACUGUUCUGGAGUCUAUGCUUCGCGAGAAAGCAAGCGAAGUCGCUUCAUCUCAGUCUCAACGGGAAGAGAAGGCAGCCUUGGAGAACAAGCUUUACGAUCUCGAGGCUCGCCUACGCGAGAAAGACGCACAGCACCGCAAGACCCAGAACGAGAUCAAGUCUGCGCAGCGCGAGGAGAUGUCAUCACUGGAGCGCGAGCUUCGCGACCUCGAAUCGCGUCUGCGCGAGAAGGAAUCGCAGCUCCGCCUGCUGCAGGCUUCCGCUAAGGCCGUGCAGCAGAAGGCGCAAAACGAGGCAUACGACAUUGAUGCACAGUCCCAAGCUCUUGAGAAGCGCCACGUCAAGGAGAUCAACGGCCUUGCAAAGCAAAUCCAGUUCCUCCGCGCGCGCUGCUCGCGAGCCGAAUCCUUCCGCGAAGCACUCGGGUACCAGAAGCGCUUCUUCCUGAUGCAGAUCCAGACCUACAACGAAUGCAACCAAGAAGACCUCAACCUCAUCUCGCAGAUGGGAAUCACACCCGACAUCACCGUGCACGAGCGCCGUCCGAAGCUCAAGUCGGCGGCCCUGGCCGUCAUCGCCGCGCUGCGCAUGCAGAAGCUGAGCGAGGGCUGGGCGCAGAACCGCAAGAUCCACGAACAGCUGAAGCAGAAGCUAGAAAGCAUGCGCAGACAGAGCGGCAGGAGGCCGGGUAUUGCUUCGAGGCUCGCGAGGUAGAGACUUGUGAAUUGUUGAGGUGUGCUGUUCAUAAGGCGUUUUGGUAUUAUUACGCAUGGGUGGUGUUUUUGUCGGCUAGGAUUAUUCACGUCCGUUAUUAUGACGAGUGUUGUUAGGGCUGAAAGGAUGGAAUACAGGCCUAGUACGGCUUUCAGAUAUUGUGUAUUCGACUCCAGCACAUCGCGCUGUGCCUCUUCCCUGUGACACAAGAUUCAAAGAACGCAAAACACAC